CAUCCUUCUAAUUCACGACAAAAUACUCCCGAAUUAGAAUCUAAGGUAUUUAGAACUUCUUCUCAAGUUCUUUCACAGGAAAAAAUGGAUGAUUUGUUUGGAGUUAAUAAUUAUACUGAUUA